UCCUCCGCCUCCUCAGCUCUUGGGCUAGAAUAUCUAUGGGUCGAAACGUGAUGCGAUGAAUCCGAGAGAGACCGAAACUGGGACGAGGAGUGCGGCGGAAGCGGCGGGACUCCCGGGCAUGGGGGCUCCACUACAAUAGAGGCAGCGCCCCCAACCACCCCCGCCAGCCCCUCCGGAGCGAAGCCCCCAAAUCCCCUCGGGAAAAGGAUGGCGGCGGCACCUACUCAGAUAGAAGCCGAGCUGUAUUACCUGAUCGCUAGGUUCUUGCAGUCCGGACCCUGCAACAAAUCUGCUCAGGUGCUAGUGCAGGAGCUCGAGGAGCAUCAGCUGAUUCCGCGCCGCUUAGAUUGGGAGGGGAAAGAGCACCGAAGAAGCUUCGAGGAUCUGGUGGCAGCCAAUGCACACAUUCCUCCAGACUACCUCCUUAAAAUUUGCGAGCGGAUUGGUCCCUUACUAGAUAAGGAGAUCCCUCAGAGUGUCCCUGGGGUACAGACCUUACUAGGUGUCGGUCGGCAGUCUCUGUUACGGGAUGCCAAAGACUGUAAGAGUACACUAUGGAAUGGGUCUGCUUUUGCAGCUCUACAUAGAGGCAGACCUCCAGAACUACCUGUAAAUUAUGUGAAACCUCCAAAUGUGGUGAAUAUCACCUCUGCCAGGCAAUUAACCGGAUGUAGUCGCUUCAGCCAUAUUUUUCCUUCAUCUGCUUACCAGCACAUUAAGAUGCAUAAGAGAAUUCUGGGGCACUUGUCAUCUGUAUACUGUGUAGCAUUUGACCGAAGUGGGAGAAGAAUUUUUACAGGUUCAGAUGACUGUUUGGUGAAAAUUUGGGCUACAGAUGAUGGACGCCUUCUUGCUACACUUCGAGGGCACUCCGCUGAAAUUUCUGACAUGGCUGUUAACUAUGAAAACACUCUCAUUGCUGCAGGCAGCUGUGAUAAGGUUGUAAGAGUAUGGUGUCUUCGAACUUGUGCACCAGUUGCAGUCCUUCAGGGACAUUCAGCUUCUAUUACUUCCAUACAGUUUUGUCCAUCAACUAAAGGCACAACCAGAUACCUCACUUCUACUGGUGCUGAUGGAACAAUUUGUUUCUGGCAGUGGCAUGUAAAAACAAUGAAAUUUAGAGAUCGCCCAGUAAAAUUUACUGAGAGAUCCAGACCUGGAGUUCAGAUAUCUUGUUCAUCUUUCAGCUCUGGUGGUAUGUUCAUUACAACAGGUAGCACUGACCAUGUGAUUAGAAUAUAUUAUUUGGGUUCUGACAUCCCUGAGAAAAUUGCUGAACUAGAAUCACAUACGGAUAAAGUUGUUGCUGUUCAGUUCUGUAACAAUGGAGACAGUUUAAGAUUUGUUAGUGGAAGUAGAGAUGGAACAGCAAGAAUUUGGCAAUAUCAACAGCAAGAAUGGAAGAGUAUAGUGCUAGAUAUGGCUACUAAAAUGACUGGGAAUAAUAUGCCAUCUGCAGAAGACAAGGUCACUAAACUUAAGGUGACUAUGGUGGCCUGGGAUCGCUAUGAUACCACAGUUAUUACUGCAGUGAACAAUUUCCUUUUGAAAGUAUGGAACUCUUUUACAGGGCAGCUUCUUCAUACAUUAUCUGGACAUGAUGAUGAAGUAUUUGUUUUGGAAGCACAUCCAUUUGAUCAAAGGAUCAUACUUUCAGCAGGUCAUGAUGGGAACAUUUUUAUUUGGGACCUUGACAGAGGGACCAAAAUUCGGAAUUAUUUUAACAUGAUUGAAGGCCAAGGUCAUGGUGCAGUGUUUGAUUGUAAAUUUUCACCAGAUGGAAACCAUUUUGCCUGCACAGAUUCUCAUGGGCAUUUGCUGCUUUUUGGUUUUGGAUGCAGUAAAUAUUAUGAAAAGAUUCCAGAUCAGAUGUUCUUCCACACGGAUUAUCGACCUCUUAUCCGUGAUGCCAAUAACUAUGUAUUGGAUGAACAAACCCAACAAGCUCCUCACCUUAUGCCUCCACCAUUCUUGGUGGAUGUUGAUGGAAAUCCUCAUCCUACAAAAUUUCAACGGCUAGUACCGGGACGAGAAAAUUGUAAAGAUGAACAACUUAUACCACAGCUGGGAUAUGUGGCUAAUGGUGAUGGUGAGGUUGUAGAACAGGUAAUUGGACAGCAAACCAGUGACCAAGAUGAAAGCAUUCUUGAUGGAAUAAUAAGAGAGCUACAGAGAGAACAAGAUCUGAGACUAAUUAAUGAAGGGGAUGUUCCACAUUUUCCUGUUAAUAGAUCAUACCCUGUUAAUGGUGCUCUGAGAAGUCCAAAUAUAGACGUAUCUUCUUCCUCAAAUAUUGGGCUCCGACGUAGUGGUCAAAUUGAAGGUGUCCGGCAAAUGCAUAAUAAUGCUCCUCGGAGCCAGAUGGCCACUGAAAGAGAUCUCAUGGCAUGGAGCAGGAGAGUGGUGGUCAAUGAACUAAAUAAUGGGAUUAGUAGGGUACAAGAAGAAUGUCGAACUACAAAAGGUGACAUAGAAGUUAGUCUGUAUACAGUUGAAAAGAAGAAAAAGCCAUCUUAUACUACUCAAAGGAAUGAUUAUCAGCCUAGUUGUGGACGAUCUUUAAGAAGGACACAGCGCAAGCGUCAGCAUACUUAUCAAACACGUUCCAACAUGGAACAUAAUUCACAAGCAUCAUGUCGGAAUUCAGGUGUACAGGAAGAUUCAAACAGUUCCUCAGAGGAAGAUGAAACUGUUGGCUCUAGUGAUGCUUCUGUUGAAGAUCCUGUUAAUGAAUGGCAAAGUGAAAGUUCUUCAACUGAUUCAUCAAGUGAAUAUUCUGAUUGGACAGCAGAUGCUGGUAUAAAUUUGCAACCUCCAAAAAGACAAACCAGACAGGCAACGCGGAAAUUCUGCAGCAGUUCUGAGGAAGAGAAUUUGAAGUCACUAGAUGAAAGACAGAAGAAACCUAAACAGACUCGAAAAAAGAAAGGAGGACUGGUUUCUAUGGCAGGUGAGCCCAAUGAAGAAUGGUUUGCCCCUCAGUGGAUCUUAGAUACCAUACCUCGACGUUCCCCAUUUGUUCCACAGAUGGGAGAUGAGCUUAUUUAUUUUAGGCAAGGACAUGAAGCUUAUGUGAGAGCUGUAAGGAAAUCAAAAAUAUACAGCGUUAAUUUACAAAAACAGCCAUGGAACAAAAUGGAUCUCAGGGAGCAAGAGUUUGUUAAGAUUGUAGGAAUCAAAUAUGAGGUUGGACCACCUACACUAUGCUGCUUGAAGCUUGCAUUUCUGGACCCCAUUUCAGGCAAAAUGACUGGAGAAUCUUUCUCUAUUAAGUAUCAUGACAUGCCUGAUGUCAUUGAUUUUCUAGUAUUGCAUCAGUUUUAUAAUGAAGCCAAAGAAAGGAACUGGCAGAUUGGUGAUAGAUUCCGCAGUAUAAUAGAUGACGCGUGGUGGUUUGGAACUGUGGAGAGUCAGCAGCCUUUUCAACCAGAGUAUCCUGAUAGUUCUUUCCAGUGUUACAGUGUUCACUGGGACAAUAAUGAGAGAGAAAAGAUGAGCCCCUGGGAUAUGGAGCCGAUUCCAGAAGGAACUGCCUUUCCAGAUGAAGUUGGUGCUGGUGUUCCUGUGUCCCAGGAGGAACUGACUGCUUUGCUAUACAAACCCCAGGAAGGAGAGUGGGGGGCUCACUCCAGAGAUGAGGAAUGUGAACGGGUUAUUCAGGGCAUCAACCACCUUCUUUCCCUGGAUUUUGCCAGCCCUUUUGCUGUCCCAGUGGAUCUCAGUGCCUACCCCUUGUACUGUACUGUAGUUGCUUAUCCAACUGACCUCAAUACCAUCAGACGAAGACUUGAAAAUCGUUUUUACAGGAGAAUAUCAGCAUUAAUGUGGGAGGUACGCUAUAUUGAGCACAAUGCUAGGACUUUCAAUGAGCCAGACAGUCCUAUAGUUAAAGCAGCCAAAAUUGUGACUGAUGUCUUACUUCGAUUUAUUGGGGAUCAGAGCUGUACUGAUAUACUGGACACUUAUAAUAAAGUUAAAGCAGAAGAACUAAAUAGUACUGAUGCAGAGGAGGAUACAGAACUGGUUGAUUUAGAUUCCGAUGGCCCAGGGACUUCAUCUGGAAGAAGGGUCAAAUGCCGAGGCAGAAGACAGUCUUUAAAGUAUAGUCCUGAUGCUUGGAAAAAACAGUGCAAAGAACUGUUGAGCCUCAUUUAUGAACGUGAAGACUCAGAGCCAUUUCGACAGCCUGCUGAACCUCCUUCUUACCCAAUCCAUCAAGAGCAAGAGGGAGAAUCCUCAGGAUCAGUUGUUCCAGAAAGACAAGAUCCCUCUCUUUCUGAGGAUUUUCAAGAUAUCGUUGAUACUCCUAUGGAUUUCAGCACUGUGAGAGAAAAUUUGGAAGCAGGAAACUAUGGUAGUCCUCUGGAAUUUUAUAAGGAUGUUCGCCAAAUAUUCAGCAACUCCAAAGCUUAUACCUCUAAUAAAAAGUCAAGGAUCUAUAGCAUGACAUUGCGAUUAUCUGCCUUAUUUGAAAGUCAUAUUAAAAAUAUCAUCUCUGAAUAUAAGUCAGCAAUCCAGAGUCAGAAGCGGAGAAGGCCACGGUACAGAAAACGUCUAAGAAGCAGCAGCAGUUCAUUGUCUAGUAGCAGAGAUCCUAGUCCAAAAGGGAAGCAGAAACAAAUGAAGUUGCAGCCUAAAAAUGACCAGAAUACCUCAGUGUCUUACGCCAGGAAUAGCUCUCCUUUCUCAUCUCCUGUUUCAGAUGCUGCUGAAGGGCUUUCACUGUAUCUAAUUGAUGAUGAAAUAGAUGGGCCAUUUUCUUCAUCAAGUUUUGGUGGACAUAGCCGAAGUGGAAAUAGCCAUGACCCAGGGAAAGCCAAAUCAUUUCGAAAUAGAGUUUUGCCAGUUAAACAAGAUCACUCCCUUGAUGGACCCCUUACAAAUGGUGAUGGCAGAGAGCCCCGGACAGGAAUCAAGAGAAAACUACUCAGUGCAUCAGAAGAAGAUGAAAGUGUGGGAGGAGAAGAGAAAGAGAAAAAAGAAACAAAAGAAAAAUCACACUUGUCCUCCUCAGAGAGUGGAGAGUUGGGAUCCAGUUCAAGUUCCGAAAGUACCUGUGGUUCUGAUUCUGACUCCGAAUCAACUUCCAGAACAGAUCAAGAUUAUGUAGAUGGAGACCAUGACUAUAGCAAAUUCAUACAAACCAGACCUAAAAGAAAACUCAGAAAGCAACACGCCAAUGGAAAAAGAAACUGGAAAACAAGAGGCACUGGAGGAAGAGGCAGAUGGGGAAGAUGGGGUAGAUGGAGUAGAGGAGGCAGAGGGAGAGGAGGCAGGGGACGAGGGGGUCGAGGAAGAGGUGGAGGAGGCACUAGGGGGCGAGGGAGAGGGAGAAGAGGAAGAGGUGCUUCUAGAGGAGCCACCAGAGCCAAACGAGCACGUGUUGCAGAUGAUGAAUUUGAUACAAUGUUUUCAGGACGUUUCAGUAGACUGCCUCGAAUUAAAACAAGAAACCAAGGCAGGAGAACUGUUUUAUAUAAUGAUGAUUCUGAUAAUGACAAUUUUGUGUCCACUGAGGAUCCUCUGAAUCUUGGUACAUCCAGAUCAGGCAGAGUGCGUAAAAUGACAGAAAAAGCCAGGGUUAGCCAUCUCAUGGGAUGGAAUUAUUAACAGUUAAUAAAUUUAGAAUAAUUUUAAAAAUUCAAUGGCCUUCUACUGCAGGGAAUCUACCAGGAAAUCUACAAAGCAAGUUGUGUGGGGACUUCUGCUUCCUUUCACAUUGGUGCUUUUCCAUUAUGCCAGUAUAUAUUUGUUUCAAGACUUUUAAUCUCCACACUUCAUUUGUUCAAACAAGCCUUACUCAUUAGGCCUUAAAUUAAAGGAAAUUCUUCCCACGUACACAUACAUGCACAUGCCCGUGUCUGCACGUGCACAUGGGUGCGCAUGCACACACACAUACACACACACACACCACAGACACACUACAGAUUUACUACAUUAAAGGAGCAUUCAGCUUCUUAAGAGUAGCAUGAUGUUUUUAUCUCAAUGGAAUAUCCCUCUCUUUGCUUUUAUAUCACAGAAGUAUAGCACCUUCUUACAGAGUUUUAUAUAGUUUGUUUUUGCCAUUUUGAUUCCUAUACCCAGUAAUAAUAACUUUUGCACAAUACACCAAUCCUAAAGGCAGCUAUUAAAUGUUUACAGUUUCUAUAUUGUAAGAACGAUCUGGAUUAUUUUACUCUUCCCAGGCCAAACUUUCUUGAAUUGUACUGAACUGAAGUAUAUAUUUAUACUACAGUUUUUUGGGGGGUGGGGGGAAUCUUGAUAUGCUUUUCAUUGAUUUGCUUAAUUCACGUUAAAGGUGAGAAAGGGUUGGUGCCUUGUAAAUAUGUAGCAAAUCUUUGUGGUGUGUCCUGAUGUGUGCAUUAACUUUAUUAAAAAAGAAUACUUGAGGUAUCAAUCUAGACAAGGUGCCAAAUGCAAAAGUUUCUUGCAUCCAUUUUCUUUUUCCUCUUAUGUUUUAUUGCAUUUGUAGAACUUGUGUAGCUUAAAGAAUAACUUAAACAUUUGAAAAAUCCUCAUCCACAAAGAAUAACUUUUGAAUAGUAGCUCAGCUACCUCUAUUAACUACAACUACUGGAAAUGUUAAGGAAAAUAGAUACUGUUGUUAUUCAUUAAUAAGGAGAAAUAGAACAAGCUUGGUAGGAAUGAAUAUUCAUAAGUUAUAAGCUGAGAGGUUGUUAAUAAUUGUAUUGGCUCUCAAACUAAUAGUUGUAAUUAACAAACUUUCAUAAGUAUUAUAUGGUCUACCUUAGGCUUUCUUAGAACACACUUGUGUAAGUAGACUUGGGCUACUGCUUAUAUACCCGUUCUACCACUUACUAUUUAACAGCUGUGAUUUACUGGUUUUCAUUUGAAUCUUAAAAUUUAGCGAAGCACCUAGUUUGAGUUGGAAUGUUUUGCCUAGCUAUAUUUUGAAUCAAGUUUAAUAGGUUUUGUUCUUAUCAUUCCAAAGGGUUCUUCUGUUCUAGUCUUUCAGAAAAAGAACCUCAUUGCACUGCAUACUGAUACUUUGAAUCAUUUUAUAGAUGAAAAAAUUCUUUAAAACCCUUAAGGUCUUGUUUACAGCAGUAGAGUGCACAUGGUUCCAUAAGUGAGCUUGAGUUCCAAGAUCAAUUUUACUCCUCAGAUUUGAGACUGCAGAUUUGCUAAUUUGUUACACUCUGAAAUUUUUUAAGGUGAGAGGGAUAAUAUUGAUCUCUGUUUUUGUGACAGCAGAUUUGUUGCACUUAGAUCAGAUUUGUGUGGUCCAACAGACUUCUUACUGUAUGUGUAAUUAUCCCAGGAUAUUUCUUAAGCUAAUGUAUUUAUUUUAUGCUUUCAAUCAUUUUAUGCAUCUGAAAAUCCUUAAGUGCAGAGGAAGGAGUACACACAUAACUUUGCUUUUUUAGUAGGGUUGGGGUGGGACUUAUUCUUGGACUAACAUCUUUAAGCAGUUUUCACUUGCAGUAGAAAUGAUGUUCAGGCUUUAAGAACGUAUUUUGUGAAUUGUUAAUGGCACUAACUUCUGUUACUGGACAGUAGACCAAGCUGAUUUUUUUUUUUUUGUGAUAGCCUUUUUUCCACGAAACCAAAACUACUAUUUCUGGUUAUAACUCAGCUGCCACUUUUAACCAUACUAUAGACUUAAAAUGUUCCUGUUUGUAAUUCUCUAUUUGAUUUUUGCUAAAAUAUACUAUUUCAGUUACUCAUCUCUGGGCAUUUUAACUAAAUUGUGCCUGUGUUGUCCUGGAAUCAAUAACACGUUGGCCUACCCUAAUCAGAGUAACACAGUUACUUAAAUUCCUGGAUAUUCCCAAAUGUGUAUCAUGUAUAUCAUUUUAGUGUGAAAUUUUUUGUUGACAUUCUUCUAUGAAGAGCUGACCUCUUGACAUGUAGAAGAAUUGCCAUUUGUGUGAUUUUAGCUAUCUGGAGCUUUAUUUAUAAUUUAUUUUGAAAAAUAAAAAUGCCACAUUUAUUCCCCAAAUGUCGAGAUUUUCUAGGUUUAGAUAAUUAGAAUAAUAAGGCUGAAGACAUUUUUAAGCAUAUUUUAUAUAUAGUAAAAUACUGUGAAAAUACUAGUGAACAGCAUUUUGCUGUGAUGUUAAUUUCAGUUAUUAGGAUUUAAAGAGUUAGUUACCAGGGUAUGUUAGAUUAGCAUAGUUAUCAUUUAUUAUUAAACAAACAGAUUAUUUUCUGUUUGCAUGCAAAUUAUUUUAAUAAGUGUGAAAAUAAAAGUUUGGGAGAUAGUAUUUUUACUUUUGUAUCUGGACUUUUCCCCCCAAUUUAUACUUUCCUUUUUUUUUUUUUUUUGAGUAACACCACCUCCUGUGAAUGUCAUGAUUUGUAUCACAUUGAAUACUUUAUUAUUUUAAUUUUUAGAGGCCCUUUAGAUCUAAAUCAGCCAUAGCAAAACAAGUAGGAAAUGAGCUAAGAACUCUGAAGAAAUGAUUAAAUCAUAAAGGAAAAGUUAGAAAAACCACUGUUAUAUUUAGGUCCAUGAGAGCAUACACAUGUAUCAGCCUAUUCGUGUGCUAGAUAUGAAUAGUCAGUGAGCUGUAAUAUUUCUCAUAAAUGCUAAUGUUUAAAUUCCCAGCUUUAAGAUCUUAGCAUGUGUAUAUAUUUAUAAAAACAGAACUGUAUGUUUCUUCUAUGGCUUGCUGUGUGUAUUUUAUGCAGCGAUAGGAUGCUCUCCAAAACAUUGACUAGCCUAAAGACUAAAUUUGUUUUUGUAUAUGUGUGCGUGUGCUCAUGUGUACGUAUGUUUCUCCAACUUGGCGUACCUUAUCUCAGACAUUUUAAAAGAAUAUUUUAUAUGGAGGACACUGUACCAGUUUGUUGCCUCUGUGCAGCUCUUAGCUUGUGUAUUUACUGCUUAAUUCUUUUCAUUAUGCCUUCUAGAUGACCAGUCUAGGUUUUGUCAUGUACCUGUGCCCCUGCAGUCUGUUAAUUUAAUUUGCCCUUCUUUUAUUUGUUUAUUUUUCUGUUUCCCUCCUCAGAGAUCAGGCUUGUGCUAGAAUUCUUCUGCACAGCAUUUUAUUUUAUCUAGAGGCAACAAAACUGUAAAAUUCAUAAAUCUCAUUCUGCAUAACUUUGUGAUCAUAUAUCUAACCCUUCCAAUAUUUUGAAGUAAAUUUGAUUUACCUUUUGUUGUUUUUGUUUUAUUCCCAUAGAUUGUUAUCAGACAAUAAUAGAGUGAUUGCAAGAGAAAGAUGUGAAUGCCAUUUCUAACUUUUUGAUAAAACUUUUUGAGCAUUUUUCAAAAUUUGUAUGUUUGUGGUAAUGAGAAAUUAAAUACCUUAUUACUCAGUUAUAUAUCUUUGGAAUCAUUUUAUGCACAUUUACCAAUUGGUAUUUUUCUUCAAAGUUGGAAUUUUCACAUCCACAAAAGAAGACUUGCAUCAUGUAUAGUUUUCAGGAUAUUUUGAUGUCCAGCCUUUUAAACAAUUAGAGUAACAUUUUGCGUUCUGAGGUGAAUAGCUCUGGAAGAAGGGAAUGAGCUUUUGAUGUUUGAAGUCCAUUGUCUUAAAUCCUAACCCUAUCCCCAACAUUUUUGAGGUAGAUGAGGCUUUAUGAAAGUUUUCUUAAAAAUAGAAUAUUAUAAGGUCACUUUUAAAGUUUGUUUUAAAAAUUAGUAUAAGAAUAUUUCAAUGUGUGUGCGUGUGUGUGUGUUUCUCCUAGUAAAGUUUCUUUACCAAGUUUUUGUUAAAUUCCAAUAUAAAGUUAAUUUUCUCAUGGUGCUGUAUUUUGUUGAAUAGCACUCAGGUUUCUUGAUAUUUAUUUCUUGCAUAGCCUUAUCCUUGAUUAUUUCCCUUUUCAUCUUGUCCUGCUUGCUUUUAUCCUCACCUCUCUUUCUGCAAUGAAGACAGCACCUAACUCCUAACUUAGCACACUUCAACAAGACUAGAGAUUUCUGAUUCAUUGAUGGGAUAAGUACAGUAGAAAGGCCUGGCAGUUUAGAGUUAAGGUGUGUUUUUUUUAUAUGUAUGCCCAUUUGUUAUUCUUAUACCUAUCAAUUAAAUCUAGAAUAUGAGACUUUGACAUAUAAAAGCAUGAUAAGUAUUUUCUAAAAAAAACUAUUGAUACAUAUUGAAAUUGCCAUUGGUAAUUGACUUUUAAAAUUACAUACAAAAAUAUUUAGAAAUCCAGUUGGGAAAUGUGUUUUUACAUAUGUCACCAGAUACAUAUUAGGCAGUGCUACAAAUGUUAAUUCUUUAAACAAUACUGUGGUGAUGGCAAUCAGUAAUUUAUUUUUUUUGUCCUGUAACUUAUCAUCCUUGUCUUUUGUAAUCCCUUACACAGUAUUAACAAAACUGUACCUUAUGUUUGUUCUUAGUAUCCAUAAAUUUUUAAGAUGGAAAAUCAUUCAGUUAAUAGUUGAUGUGAUGUUGUAUAUGGGCAAUAUGCCUGUUAAACUAAAAUUCAGUAAAAAAAAAAGGUAAACUAAACUGGCUUGGCUUAUAAAAUAUGUUUUAUUUUACAGUUGUCAGUCAUUAUAAGCAAUUAUCUUCAAAGAAAAAAACUGGACUAAUUUGUUACCAUUCUUUAUGGGAUGUUUACAAUAAAAUUCCAAGUUGUUUGGAAUCAGUUGCACUCUUGCUGCUUUAUGCCUUAACUCAUGUAUCAGAGUUAAAUUAACAAGAAGAAAGAAAUAUGGAGUUAACCUUUUUAUUAUCCAGCUUUGGAUAAUUGUAAUAAGUGACUAUUGGGUCUUUGUUUAUUUGUCAUAGGAUAUUGUGUUACGAUUAUUUUUUAAUCUGAAAAACUAGUUUCUGCCUAUCAAGAGUAUUUUUGUUUUGAUUUAUCUUUUGCCUUACUCAUUGCAAAUAUUCUUUGGUCACUUUCAGGUAAUGAUAUGAUAUUAACACGUUAAAUGUGUUUUGAUAAAUAACCUGCCAAGGCUGGUCAGCACUUUGUUUUGCAGAGCUUUUCGAAAUGAAUACAUUUCUAAUGUGUUUGUGGCUUAUAAAUUUUAACAGCUGAGCUAUGAAUCCCUCACAUUUUUUAUUUGUAGUCAAAUUGCCUACAAAGCUUAACUGUAUUGUAAAUGGUGCUUUAACUCAGUAUAAGCAUAGGAAGGAGAGAAGUGAGGCAAGGUGAAUUUUGAGCCAGGAUCUGCAUGCCUUAACAGGAACAUUCAUCCUAGUUCUGAACCUGGAAUUUUUCUCCAGUGGCAAGAAUUCUACUAGGUUCAAGAUAAGUAUGUUUGCUCAAGACUGGACUGGGUUUUUCAUGCAUUUGCUUUUAUUAAUUCAAGAAAUAGGGCAUUUAGAAAAACACCACCUUUAUCAUCUGACAUGGUAUCCAAAUUGGCUAUGAAAGUAGCCCAGGUUCGCAAAGUGAUAUUCAAAGACUGAGGCAGAGAUAAGUUAUUUAGUACUUUUGUUUAGUUACUUAAUUGGUUAAUCUUAGACCUCCUCUUUAAAGAUGUAAAAGUAUUAUAUUAAAAAUUCUUUGUUAGUAGACUAUGGUUUUCUUAACUGCUAGAUUUUAUAAAUAAGAAAAUUAAAGAAUUCUUAA